AUGAAAGUCUUUGAAGAAUGUGUUGAAAAAGUAGGUAUUCAGCUUAAACUUGGUUUGUCUAUUGAUGUGCCUACUAGGUGGAAUUCAGCAUAUAAAAUGCUUGAUACUGCAAUCAAGUAUAAGCGUGCUUUCAGUAGUCUGCAAUUACUUGAUACAAACUAUAAGCAUUGUCCUUCACAUGAAGAGUGGGUUAGAGUUGAAAAGAUAUGCGAUUUCUUAAUGCCUUUUAAUAAAAUUACCAAAUUGUUUUCUGGUUCAACUUAUCCCACAUCCAACUUAUAUUUUCGGCAAGUUUGGAAAAUUGAGUAUUUGUUGAGAAUGAAUAUGAAAAAUGGAGAUCCAGUGAUUAAAGAGAUGGCUUGUAAAAUGAAAAUCAAGUUUGAUAAAUAUUGGGAGCAAUAUAGUGUUAUUCUAGCAAUAGGAGUUGUCUUGGAUCCAAGAAUGAAAUUUAAGCUUUUGGAGUUUUGCUACAAAAAGUUGGAUGAAAACACUUACAAAGAAAAGUUAGAUGUUGUGAAGAACAAGUUGUAUAUGCUUUUUGAAGCAUAUAAAGCCACAUCUUUGACCGCGACGACUAGUUCAACUGCAAGUACUAGUCGAUGUGAAAAUGUUAUAGCAAGUGAUGAUUUCGGUGAUGAGUUCAUUGAAUAUAGUGUUCAAGAUAAUGUGCAAAAUGGUAAAUCUGCUUUGGAUGUGUAUUUAGAUGAGCCACAGAUGGAUAUGAAGUCAUAUGCUAGUUUGGAUAUUCUGAACUUUUGGAAGGAUAAUAAACAUCGCUUUGGUGAGUUAUCUUUAAUGGCAUGUGAUGUGUUAAGUAUUCCUAUUACUACAGUGGCUUCGGAAUCGGCUUUUAGUAUAGGAGGUCGUGUGUUGAACAAGUAUAGGAAUUGUUUGCUUCCUUCCCAUGUUCAAGCAUUGAUUUGUACACGCAAUUGGUUAAGCGGUUUUGAAUUAGAUGAUAAAGGUGAUGAUGGUGAAGUUGAAGAUGUUCCUGUUCGUGUUCCAACCGAAUCUUCUGAAGCGUAG